AACAGUAUCGCCCGAAUAAGUUCACAGGCCGUUUCCUCUGAAAGAUGAGCUUGAAGUGCCUUCAAGCCUGCCGGCAGUGCUGAGAAGGCAACGUCGUGAACAGAGGAAAUCGCUAGUUUUAUCCUGUCUUUCAGAGACGCGUACCAAGAGCGAAGCAGCAAAAUUAUGACGAAAAACCGCGUGCCUCGUGUGGAACAGUUAAUUCGCAUAUAUUUUCAGCCUCACGAGGUAUUCACGCGAGCUCACGCCUCCAUUUGUUCAGUGUGCUCUCAGGAAAAUGGGAUAUCAAUGGUUUUGUCUUAUUCUCGUGGCGUGUGUUUUUUGCUUAGCAGCUCGUCUGGGUGGCAUGCUGUCCGCGCUUGUCUGCUCCCUCACGUGAAGGGUGUGAAUUCGGAGGUGGGUUGCCCCAAGAAUAAAUCUCUAUCCUGUCAUCUCCUCGUUUGCUACCAUUUGCACCUUCUCUGUGGCCACUUUUAGUCUGUUGGCGACUUACUCUGCCAUGCACACACAAUCAGUUACACGCGUAUUAGGGCAUGUUUUUUUUCCGUCGAUGUCUGUGGUGAGGCGUGCUUUUCUCAGGGGGGUCUGUGCAACAACUGUGGUAGAUGCGCACGUCUGUGAGAAGACGACGCCCUCCUACUGUUUCGAUUUUUUUCCGUUUUCUGGCCGUUUUCCACCGUUUCGCGGAUUCCAAGCCACAUACUCUCCUCGUAUCACACUUUGUGCUCCUUCUUGGACAGAAGUAACAACGCCUCUGCCACAUCGUGGGCUCUCUUUUCUGGGUCACUGCUGGCUGGCGGGCGGCCCUUGCUGCUGAACUGCCGGUCAUUCCCAACUCAUCUGAAACACACUGCGUUCCAUCGAGUAUUGUUCUGCAAGGAAACGUUUCCCUGCGAAAUAGGGGGUGUGUAUCCGCGGCUGCGUCCUGUCAAAGAAGAGCCGGGGCCUCUGCGUCUCUCCAAACCUGAGAUGAAAAAUACCGCAGGGCCCGCCACGGUACUGUCAGGACUUCUGCGCGUACUUGGAACCCCACAUAUCGUGCUCUACAGACACUCGUUUUCGUCAGCGAUACAGCAGACUCGAGCGGAGGACGGACCGUCAUGUGCAGGAGCGCACGAGGAUCUGCGUCUCGGGAAGCUUCGGUCUGUUUCUGUGGACCGUGUUCCUCCGGUGUCGGUCAAUAAACGUAGAGCCUGUGAAUCGAGACAGGAUCAGUUACAAACGUUUUCUACGUCGCCAUAUCCCGCCGUCCGUUAGACUGUCCGAUCGCGGACUCGGGAGUUCCUAGUGCACGCCGAACUUUAUGAUUCACUUCCUCUCGUGGGUGGCUGCACAAGUUGAGCACUCCCGUUCUUGACGCGAGUAGCUGUACCAUGGAGGACGGCGGACUCGAAGCACCGCAAACCUCUUUGACGCAAGCGCCUGGCACCAAGGGUGCCCUUCUUUCUGCUGCCGCUAUGCGGCGUGUAGAGGAGAUGGAGGAUCGCUCUUUCAAUGUGAGACAGCAGCACCAGCUUCGAAAACGUCAGCAACACGAAGACAACUCCACCGGCCUCUGCUCUGGGACUGCUGGCGCGGACGACUGCGCUAAGUCACCACGUGGCGACAAACGAAGGGUCCCGCCUCACGAAGCGACGGAAGGCCAUGAGGACCGACCCGUCUCUGGAGAAAGGCAGAAAACCGGUGCGAAAGCCCGGCCGUGGCCAGGAGCUGCAGACGGCAGCAGCGGUGUCGGGAGUGCAUGCGCCACUGGAGUUUCCGCGUCUCCACGACGUGACAGUGACUUUGGCGCAUGCAGUGAUCUGCCUCACGGUUCAACAAAAAGUGGUUCGCAAACGGAUGACAGUGGGUGGGAGAUCGGGAAAUCCAGUGAAGCCGUCGCUGGCGGCAGCGACCCUUCAGUAAGGCAGCGGCGAACCGGCGCCAAGCUCCUUGAAAUAGAUCUCGAGCAGGCCCACGGAAAGAAGUACGGAAUGGACUUUCCGCAUGCCGGGGAAGUGCAACUUCACAGACGGCGGAAAAACGACCUGCAUGCGUGGGUUGAGCAGCUUCUGCGGUGUCAGCCUCUUCGGAGGGAAGAGGUGUUGCUUCUCUGUGAACUGCUGAAGGACACUCUGAAAUCCGAGCCCAACUGCGUCACCGUUCCCACUCCUGUGACAGUCGCUGGAGACAUUCACGGCCAAUUCUACGACCUGCUGGAGCUUUUCCGAGUCGGAGGCAAACCCCCAAACACGUCGUACUUGUUCCUCGGCGACUAUGUGGACAGAGGCUUCUACUCUGUUGAAGUCUUCUGUCUUAUGGCGGCGUUUAAGGUCCUCUACCCGCGAAAGAUAUUUCUAUUGCGAGGAAACCACGAAAGCAGAGGCAUCACUCAAGUGUACGGUUUCUACGACGAGUGUGCGCGGAAAUACGGAGACGGCUUCAACGCUGUCUGGACAGCCUUAACUGAAGCCUUUGACUAUCUUCCUCUCACUGCGGUAAUUGGGUCCGAGUGCUUCUGUGACCACGGCGGCCUCAGCAAACACCUCAUGACCAUCGAUGCCAUUCAAGCAAUCGAUCGGUUCCAGGAGCCUCCGCAAGAGGGAGGGAUGUGUGACUUGCUAUGGUCAGACCCCUACGACAGCUCGAUGUUUCUCUCAGAUCUUCCACAGUCAGAUUCACCUGGAGACGGUGUCUUGGCAGUCACGGCUGGAGACCCCCUCGGAGGAGGUCUUGAUGAAGAUGGCUGGGCUCCAAGUAGCAGAGGCGCCGGGAUGCUCUGGGGUCCAACCGUGACCGAUCAGUUUCUCCACCUAAACGGAGUUGGCUGCAUUUGCCGCGCCCAUCAACUCGCACAGGACGGAUACCAGUGGUGCCACAACGACAAGGUGUGCACGGUUUUCAGCGCUCCGAAUUACUGCUAUCGUUGCGGCAACCAGGCCUCACUCAUGAUUGUCAAUGAUGACUUGGAGCGCUCGUUUGUCAAAUUCGGACAGGCACCAGAACGUGGCGAGCCACAGCAAGUGCGUUCCCUUCCCGACUAUUUCCUGUAAGAGAUGACUAGGCUGCAGUCUUCUUCGCUCGACCGCUUGCUGUUCAACGUUGCUUUUUCUUCGUCGGCGCGAGUCUUGUCGGGGGCGACAAAGCCGAGUUUUGGUAGCCUUACGAAGUUUCAUUGAUGCGAAUGGGUCCUGCAAAGAGAAAUACGCUGCUCACCUGAGCUUGCACAUCUCAGCAUGUGCAUGCGAUUGCUUCGUGUGUUGAUGCAAGAAGGGAUAGUCAGGUUUCGAUUUUCCUGUGUUGUCACGGAGAAGCGUCUACGGAUGCGCUUGGGUGAGCUAAUUCGUAGGCAGCAAAACGUGAGUGUCACAUGGCGGCCAUGUUAAUGCUGGUGGUAGGAACGCAAACAGAGGAUUUUCACUGAGGUGCAGUAUCCCGACAAUGUGUGUUGGCAUUCCUUUUCCUGAACGAACCAUAUUGUCUCCCGGGUGAAAGCCAGCCUGUUAAGAUGGUGAACUCAUAUUUGCCCGAGACUCGGCUGUGCGACGGGUACAAUUCGAACGUUGGAGGCGGACACAUCGGUAGUCACGAGCUCCGUCAAACACGGUCUGACGGGGCCCGUCUGUGUGUCAGUUGCUCCCUGCACUACAAAUUCAAGCACGACACGGUGCAAUCUGCCCGAGGAGUGAAAUCCCUGUGAACCCAUUUAGUUUUCGUGCGCAUAUGAACAAAUUGCUGCAUACGGUGAUACUUCGAUGUCCGAAGAUGAUUCUAGAUGCAUCCCAAUUAGAAGUGCAUAUCGAUAUAUGAGAGGCAUCAUCAUGGAUUAUUAGUUGCGUGUGAAGGAACACAGUAAGGGACAUGUCCAAGCAUCCACACACGAGUAAAGAACGACGUUUCACGCUGCCUGGUGUCCCUCACUUUUGUGGCAUUCAGCAGCCAACGUUUUUUUUCUUCGUAUAGUUGUCAGAUUUCCAAUGGGCAAUGCAUGUUGCGCACAGUGGUCACGGAGCGUUUUGGCACUCUUCGUUCACAAAUGGGCCUACCACUGGCAACCCAUCUGCAACUUUUCCACUCGGGCGUCUCAGUGAGGCAGCGGUUGCGCCUUGCUCAUCUGUAGUUUAACAGGUUUUAGAGAAUAUUUCUUUUAAAAGUGUUGAGAGUUCAAAAAUAAUUAUACAUACUGACCUCGUCGUACGUUACAAGGAACUCCCGAUGUGGAAAAGUACCACAAUUUCCCAUUAUCGUGGCCGUUGGCAUAGUGUCUGAUCUGCCGUCUUUUUUCCCUGACCACAGCCACACCGUGUGUCAUUGGCGAUCCGCUUUGUGAAAUUCGGGUGUACGGACACUGAUUGCAGCCCAGAAUACAGAAACAGAUUGCUUGAAUUCGAUCUGCA